UUGAGAGCACUGAGUGUUUUGACUUGAUCCCCAGCACCCACAUGGUGCCGCACAACCUUCUAUAACUCCCGUCCCAAGAGAUCCAAUGCUCUCUUCUGGCCUCCAUAGCUGAAGAUAUUCCUGCAGGCAUAUCAGCCAUACCUAAUAAAAUACAUUUAAGGUAAAUAAAAAGGGUUCCUGUCAAAUAGCAAAGGCCACAUAAACAUUCAUUAAAUAAUAUACAAAUAAGCCCCCUUGAGAAAAACAGUAAGUCCACUAUCACGGCUCUUUAUUUUUAGGGCUUUAAUCCAGAUGCCCUUGUCUCCUACCUUGACUGCCAUCCCCAGUGUCUCAGGGAGUAAACAGAAUAAAGCUCCUGUCUCUCCUCUUUGGCUUCUCCCCUCCCUUGGAAGGCCCAUAAUCUCCAAGCAAGUCAGCGUUCUUUCCCCAGCAGUGAUUAAGGGGCCCUCUCCAAAGAAGAUUAAAGCCUAGACCGUGUGCGACACUGUGCAGGGGUGCUUAACCUGGAAUUCAACCACUCUGCACUCUUAGAGUCACUAUCAUGGCUCUUGUGCCAGGGAAUAGCAAGGAUGGACCUUGGUCUGGAGAUAGCCCAGACUCUUCAUGGCAUCCAGAAAGUCCUCGUUUGAUGAAUUCUCUCUUAAAGAGCAGAGACGAGACUGGCAGAUAUGAAGGUCGUCAGGACCCUCAGGUGUCUCAAAAGCCCCGAGUGCCCUCUAUUGUGGUAGAGGCCUCAGAGGGGAAUGAGGAAGAACAGGAGGAUAACCAGUGGCCACAUGAGGAGUUGUUGCUACUCACUGAUGGUGAAGAAGAGGAAGCAGAAGCCUUCUUCCAGGAUGAAAAUGAAGAGCCAGGUGAGGGUGGUGGCUUUUUCAUUCAGGCCAUUGCCAUCUAGACAUUCUAGACCCACAGUAGGUGUCCAGGAAUGUUAGAAAUAGGAGGUGUGGGGCUGGAGAGAUGGCUCAGAGGUUAAGAGCACUGGCUGCUCUUUCAGAGGUCCUGAGUUCAAUUCCCAGC